AUGUUUCCGCAAGUCAGAAAUUUUGGGCCUCUGAAGCAGAUUGCAGACGCCAGAAGAUUCGCAUCGGUUGGAAGACCCAAAAUAUCCAAUGUUCUCCCUCGCCGGCCUAGAAAAACAAUCAGAGUUGGAAAAGCCAGACCGGCUAUCUACUACAAGUUCGAUACUUUCGUGGAACUUUCGGACGGGUCGGUCGUGAGCCGUCGCACACAGCUGCCUAAAGAAGAGAUCAGAAUGAUUGUUGACCAGAGAUCGAGUCCUCUGUGGAACCCAUCCAAGCCAGACCUAUCGCAACUCGAUGCAGAGAAUAAUGGUAGAAUGAGCAAGUUCAAGAGCAAGUUCUCGAGUUUCGAGCAAUCUGGUAAGACCACUGAAGAGAUUGAGACCGAGAAGGCAAGAUUGGAGAAAGAAAGAAAGGAGAGAAUUUUGACCGGAUCAGGAGUCAAGUUGGAAGAUGUCAUUGCCGAAGACGAUUAUAUUAACGUUUUGGAACAGAAUUUUGUUCCUGAAAAACUUGGAGGAAAGGUUGCCCAAAAGGAGAAGGGAGGCAAGAAGCGUUAG